CAAGGAAGCAUGGAAUUGUAUAAGGAGCAACCAGAGAAGGGUGAAUAUCAGAAAGGCCACAUCGUUCCUUUCGACAUCUUAGCAUACAGCUAUGAUAGUGCUUUUGCCACUUUCUACUACACCAAUUGCGUACCGCAAAUUGCAAAUUUCAACAUAGGACAGUGGAAAAAGUACGAAAAGAAAAUAGUCAACUAUGCUUCGUCCGUCUGUUCUCCAAAUGGUGGAACCCUUUACCUGAUCACUGGUACAUCACAGGUUCAAUUUGAAGAAAAACGUAAUCCUCAAGGUGAAAUAACAGGGGUAGAUACAACAGUCAAACCAAUGGGGUUGUUCCAUGACAACGUGGAUAUAAACCCGAAUCUCGGGUCAAAGAUCGCAAUUCCAAACUCAAUGUGGACAGUGGGCUGUUGUUGGAAUGCUGAGAAUGGAGUCGUGGGAGCGUUUGGUGUGAUGGGCACAAAUUCUUUAAACAAACCCUUAAAUGAGUUUAUGAUGCCCAAACAAAGCGUCGCAGAUGUUGAAAGCGUCCUUAAAUUAGAGGAUCAAAGAAUUAAGUUGUUUCACGACAACAAUUGCUAUGCGCAAGGAAAAAACGUUGCGUUGGUCGAUGUUCUCGGUUGAUAGGAGCAUGGGUACAAUUGUUGACGUCAAGAAUGUUUGGGCACCAUGCAUGAAAUAUCCAGAUUCAAAUCAAACUAAAAUUUCUAGAGCUUUAUUCCAACUCGUUAGGUUAAAACGUAUAAAUAUGUAUGUUACUUUAUCUACAGAACAAUCUCUAUUAUAAUAAAGAAAUGAGAA